UACUUAAGCAAUUGGUGGAUUUCGUGGCGUUUUUUUUAUCAGUGAGUGAAAAAUGAAGAGAGUUCUGAUGGUGAAUUUUGGGGUUGUUCUUGUCUUCUGUGUUGGUUUAUUGUCUACCACCUUGGGACAAGAUAGUGAUGCUUCUGAUACUAAUUCUACUACGGCUGUCUACAUUGUUACUCUCAGUCAAGCUCCUACUCUUCAUAUAUUUCAACAACAAGAAGCAGUGAGAAGAGUCAGAGAUAAAAACCACCAAAGAUCCAAACAUGGAGACACUUCAAAGUUUACUAGACCAAAACUCCAACCAAGAAACAUGUCAAAGUCACGUUACUGGAGAUCAAGGAGAUCAUCAAUUUCUCAAGCUCAUGACUCUUUGCUGAAAGAUGCAUUGAAGGGAGAGAAGUACAUAAAACUUUAUAGCUUCCAUUAUCUCAUCAAUGGCUUUGCUGUGUUUGUUAGCUCACAACAGGCAGAGAAGCUUUCAAGGAGAAGUGAAGUAGCAAACAUAGUGUUGGAUUUUUCAGUUAGGACGGCUACUACUUACACACCACAGUUCAUGGGUCUACCAAAAGGUGCAUGGGUCAAAGAAGGUGGCUAUGAAACUGCAGGAGAAGGGAUUGUUAUAGGGUUUAUCGACACUGGCAUUGACCCAACUCACCCUAGCUUCAAUGGCACUGACACUUCUCACCGUCAGUAUCCCAUCCCUCAUCACUUCUCAGGUGUUUGUGAAGUCACCCCGGACUUUCCAUCAGGAUCGUGUAAUAGGAAGCUUGUUGGAGCUCGCCAUUUUGCACAGUCUGCUAUUACCAGAGGGAUAUUCAAUUCAUCUGAGGACUUUGCUUCCCCUUUUGAUGGAGAUGGCCAUGGCACGCACACAGCUUCCAUUGCUGCUGGUAACCAUGGAGUCUCAGCUGUAGUUUCUGGUCAUAACUUUGGAAGUGCUAGUGGAAUAGCCCCUCGUGCACACAUAUCUGUUUACAAGGCAUUGUACAAGAGUUUUGGCGGAUUUGCUGCAGAUGUUGUUGCUGCUAUAGACCAGGCAGCACAAGAUGGAGUUGACAUAUUAAGUCUAUCCAUCACUCCGAACCGACGUCCUCCUGGUGUUGCCACCUUCUUUAACCCUCUAGAUAUGGCUAUGCUCUCUGCUGUUAAGGCAGGUAUAUUCGUAGUGCAAGCUGCAGGAAACACAGGUCCUUCUCCUAAGAGCAUGUCCUCCUUCAGCCCAUGGAUUUUCACAGUUGGUGCUGCCACUCACGAUAGAGUUUACUCUAACUCAAUAACCUUAGGCAACAAUGUAACCAUUCCAGGUGUAGGACUUGCACUUCCUACAGAUGAAGGGAAGAUGUUCACAAUGGUCUCUGCUGUUGAUGCAUUGAAGAACAAAAGCUCUGCAGUAGACAAAGACAUGUAUGCAAGUGAAUGCCAAGACUAUGACAGCUUUGAUAAGGAUCUUGUCAGUGGGAAUCUCAUGAUAUGUAGCUACUCUAUCCGUUUUGUGCUUGGUCUUUCCACUAUUAAACAAGCUUUAGCUGUAUCCAAAAAUCUAUCUGCAAAGGGUGUUGUGUUCUACAUGGAUCCAUAUGUUCUUGGUUUUCAGAUCAAUCCUACACCAAUGGAUAUGCCUGGGAUUAUAAUUCCAUCUCCUGAAGAUUCCAAGGUUUUACUCAAGUACUAUAACUCAACUCUUGAAAGAGAUGCAACCACCAAGCAGAUUGUUAGAUUUGGAGCAGUUGCAGCCAUUACAGGUGGACAAAAGGCUAACUUCAGUGACAGAGCUCCCAAGAUUAUGUACUACUCAGCAAGAGGACCUGAUCCAGAAGAUAGCUUUCUUAACGACGCAGACAUUUUGAAACCUAAUCUUGUAGCUCCUGGAAACUCCAUUUGGGGAGCUUGGAGUUCUGCUGCCACAGAUUCAACUGAGUUUGCAGGAGAGAGUUUUGCUAUGAUGUCUGGUACUAGCAUGGCUGCUCCUCAUGUAGCUGGUGUGGCUGCAUUGAUCAAGCAGAAAUUCAGAAAGUUUAGUCCUGCAGCCAUAGCAUCUGCACUUUCAACAACCUCUGUUCUGUUUGACAACAAAGGAGAGGAGAUAAUGGCUCAGCGUGCUUAUGCUAAUCCUGAUCAAAGCAUGACUCCUGCAACACCAUUUGAUAUGGGGAAUGGAUUUGUGAAUGCAACCGCAGCUUUAGAUCCUGGCCUAAUCUUUGAUACUAGUUUUGAAGACUAUAUGUCAUUUCUUUGUGGGAUCAACGGAUCAUCUCCAGCAGUAUUCAACUACACAGGCAAGAGCUGUUUGCUUAGAAACGCAACAUUUAGCGGCUCUGACCUCAAUCUACCAUCCAUCACAGUCUCAAGGCUAAACAACACGCGGACUGUACAAAGACUAAUGAAAAACAUCGCUGGGAACGAGACAUACAGUGUCAGUUUAGUUCCUCCUUUUGGUGUUUUGAUGAAGGCAUCUCCUACUCAAUUCUCUAUAGCAAGUGGAGAGACAAAGCUACUUAGCGUAACCCUAAAGGCAAAGAAGAACAGCUCUAUAGCAAGCUUUGGGAGAAUCAAGCUAUUUGGAAACAUGGGACACAUUGUUCAUAUCCCUGUCUCUGUUAUAGUGAAAAUAAGAUGAACUUUGGUAGAUAUAAGAUUUUUUAAAUUGUAUUCAUUUCAUUAUAUCCCCAUGUAAAAAUAAAAUGUCACAUAGCAUUUAUAUAGUACAUGCUACAUUUUUAUUUAACACAAUAUGUAAAACUAUAUGGAUAAAAGUUUUCUAGUAGUAUUCAUAUUCAAGCGUUGCCACCACCCUCUCUGUUUCCAUUGCUUGGAGGAGAAGGCACCUUCUCAGAUUCAGCUUCCUCAGCUCCAGUAGCAGGUGUUGUUGUAGUAACAGAAGGAUUCUCAGGCUUAACGAUUGGGAAAGGACCAUGCUUGUGGAAAGGCCAGCCUUGGAAUGGGUAUAUAUGCUUGAAGAAACCGGAUAUAGCAGAGUUUGUUGCAGGCUCAGCAUCAAUCUUGGCCAUGGAGGGAAAUGAAUCAAUAACCUCAGUGGUAUCAGAAACAGGCAGUGAAGGAGGAUGAACAUGUGGUUUCUGGAGAUUCUUCUCUGUUGAAGGUGAUCCUGCUACAGACAUUUUGGGGGUGCGAGAGGAGAGAACAAGUGGGGUGGUGAGGAAGGUGAGGAAGAUUAGGCAGAGAGAGAGUCUUGAGAUUGACAUUGUAGCUUGUGACUUGUUUUGUGGUCAGAGAGGGAAGUUGAUUUGUGGUGAUGGUGUUUUGGAGUCAAAUGGUGUGUUGUGAUUUUAUAGAGUGGAGAGUAUGUGUGUUAGGGAUGAGUUAGGAGAGUUCUACUUGUUACCUAAAAUCUACAGAGUCAUGCUUAUUGUCAUGAGCU